AUGGGUCGUUCGAAGAGGGUUUCUUCGUAUGACGGCGUUGUGCGGGAGGAGGCGGUGGGCUUUUGCUCCUUCUCGGCGAGGUCGAUCGACUUUUUGGUGAAGCGAAUUGGCUCUUUGGUGAGGCGGAUCAGCUCCUGGGUGAAGUGGAUCGGCCCUUGGGACGGCUUUUGUCUUUGGUACGCAACGGUUUCUCCACCGUCACUGGAUUGUGCUCGUCACCAGAGUUCCUUUCGCAGGAUGGACUUCUGGUGGGGGUGUUAUCUUUCGAGCUUCCUAUCGUUGUUGUUUCGUAGAACUUAA